AUGUCAAGUCGACCCGAGUUGCAAGCGCCGCCGGAGAUAUUCUAUGAUGAUAAAGAGGCUCGCAAGUAUACUUCUUCUUCACGUAACCUCGAAAUUCAGGCGAGGUUGUCAGAGAGAACUUUGGAGCUUCUUGAUUUGCCCGAAGAUGAUGUUCCUCGUCUCUUGCUUGACAUAGGUUGUGGAUCUGGCCUGAGCGGGGAGACAAUCUCUGAAAGUGGGCACCGAUGGAUUGGUCUUGACAUCUCAGCCUCUAUGCUUAAUGUUGCUAUGGAACGAGAAGUUGAGGGUGAUCUCUUACUUGGUGACAUGGGGCAGGUUUGUCUCUCUUUCUUUAAUAUAUAUUGUGGGUGGUGGAUCUUUUGUAAUCGUUAUAUUCAUUAUCUUCAGGGAUUAGGUCUUCGUACAGGAGUUAUAGACGGAGUCAUCAGUAUAUCUGCUAUUCAGUGGUUAUGCAAUGCAGACAAGUCGUCUCAUGAACCUCGUUUGAGGCUUAAGGCUUUCUUUGGAUCACUAUACCGAUGCUUAUCAAGAGGAGCAAAAGCAGUUUUCCAAAUGUACCCUGAGAAUAUGGCUCAGCUUGAAUUGAUUCUUAGCCAGGCCCAACAUGCUGGCUUUAGCGGUGGACUUCAGGUUGACUACUCUAACAGUAGUAAGAAAAAAAAGGAGUUUUUGGUCCUUAGUUGUGGUUCUGUUCCAACUAGUAUUAACUAUGGCCAUAAAGACAGUUGCUCUGAUGAUGAUGAUAGCGAAGAUGAUGAAGAGAAUGGAAUGGUAUAUGUAUCGGAUAGGAACAUGCCAAGGAAGAAGCAGAGAACGAACAACAAUAAAAGGAAAGGAGGAAGGGAAUGGGUUUUGAGUAAGAAAGAACAAAGUAGACGAAAAGGAAAUGAUGUUCCUACUGAUUCCAAAUACACCGCCAGAAAACGCAAGGCUCGUUUUUGA